AUGGCGAAUAUAGAGCAACGCCCGUGCGGCAUCUUUGCCCUACCCAAUGAAAUUCUCCUGAACAUACUGAGCGGCUUUCCCUCGAAAGAGCUGAUUCACUUCUCUACCACGAAUCGUCAUUUCCACUCUCUCGUUGUGCGCCUACUUCAUCGAAGACUGCAGACCGCCGCGUCUCUCGAUGGCUACACCCUGUAUCUCGAGUGUGGCCCGCCAGCAGCCAAAUGGACUUUGCAAAAGGUGCUCUGCACUGCUUUAGGAACUGGUGAUAUGCAAGAUUUGAGCAAUGAUAUCGAACAAGGCAACAAGCAGGUGGGCAUUAUUGGACGUAUGGGCCGACUACGAAGUCGAUUCAGACCUGUGACCAAGGAGCCAGACUGGUUGAGCAUUCCCCGUCCUCAUCCGGCUGGUGAUAUUCCCGGUAGUCGAACAUAUGUGCCCGCCGAAGCUGCUGCUGCGAAGCUCAGAGACGCUGGAAAUGCUGUGACCAGAACCAUAGGAAUCGAUGCGGAUUGCCUCUUCUCCCAACUGGAGACAUUUGCCUUUCUGGGUAGACGUGAAGGCACACUGGGUAUCAUGUGCAACAUCGUCGAAGUGUGUAGGGGUACAAUCCGAGUUUGGAGAGAAUGGUUGUCGAAACAAUGCGAAAGCAAGCAGUGGACAGACGGCGAACAGAUCGCAAUCAUUCAUGAAGAUGACGCUGGCAAUCGCAAAGCCCGAUCUGAAAGCAUCAGCUAUAUCUCGGAUCCUCACAAGGAUUCCAGUAUUCUCUGGCUGAAUACUGGUGCCUACGAAUCUGGUAUCAAGUUCCGUGUGAAGGAGCAGAAGUGGCGACGUGACCAACCACUUUUUGCAAGUAGUAGUUACGAAAUUCCUGUUAGCUAUGUUGUUGAGCUUGAAGAGGUCAUCAUUUCUACGAGCAGACUCCUAUUGAAUCUGGAAGCUGCCCAGGGUCGUCAAAUUGAUGGCACUGGCAGAGCGCUGGUCUUUGGAUCGUACUCCGACUACGCUGCAUGA